AUGUAAUAAUGUACAUACGUGUAUCAUUAACCAUAAUGAUUUUCAUUCAAAAGCAAAUAUAAAAAAAAACCCAAUCAAAAAUGUAUGGCGACAACAACAACAACAAAAAUAACAACUGCGGCGCGAUAAUAAUAAAAAACACAAUAACGGUAACGUCAACAAAAGUGAACAAGUGUUAAACAAUCAAAAGGCAAACAAAUUAAAAGAAUGUACAACAAAUACAUAGUGCGAAAAAUACGAAUGUAAAUCACGUUAAGAAAAUAUAAUAUCUACAAAAAGAGCGCGAGAGAGAGAGAAAGAUAUAGAAUAAAAAAACAUAAAGUUUAUCUAACUGUAAAAACAGCAACGUGGGAGGCGUCUCAACGACCGAGCAAACAAACGAGCCAAUACAGAGAGAGCGAAAGAGAGAGCAAGAGAGUGGAGAGAGAAAGAGAGAGAGAUCGAGAUCGUGGCGAGCAAGAGACAAGGCCAUCCAUUAAUAUAUGGAUAAAAGUAAACAAGUGUGCGAAACAUACCAAAUAAAAACAACAACAACAGCAACAACAUCGUCGCCUAUUAUACAAGUUCAAAGUUAAAAAAGCAGCUGCAAUAACGACAUCAAUAAUUACAACAACCAGGAAAGCGCCAAUUGCAGGAAUUUCGUGCAGCGACUGCAGAAGUUGUCGCUGUUGUUUUCAUAGCAGUAACAACAACAACACUUCCAACACAAACAACAACAACAAGAACACGGCAAUAAUAACAACAAAAUACGAAAAACAAUCGCCGUGUAAAUCCGUUAGCACCCAUAGGCGUCGCGCUGAACGGCCCCGGCCUAAGGGGCCAUGACGCGUUGGCCCUUUAACUUACUACUAUUGCUCUCGGUGGCAGUACGCGACUGUAGCAAUCAUACCAUCCUCACAGUCGGCUAUCUGACGGCCCUCACUGGCGACCUCAAGGAGCGCCAGGGUCUGUCCAUAUCCGGUGCGCUGACAAUGGCACUGAAUGAGAUCAACACAGAUCCCAAUUUGCUGCCAAAUGUAACGUUAGCGCUGCGCUGGAAUGAUACCAAGGGUGAUACGGUGCUGGCCACCAAGGCCAUCACCGAGAUGAUAUGCGAUGGCAUUGCGACCAUAUUUGGCCCCGAAGGACCUUGCUAUGUGGAAGCAAUUGUCUCGCAGAGUCGCAACAUUCCAAUGAUUUCCUAUAAAUGCGCAGAGAAUCGUGCAUCCUCAAUACCAACAUUUGCACGCACCGAGCCGCCCGAUAAGCAGGUUGUCAAGUCACUGAUUGCAUUGCUGCGAUAUUACGCAUGGAAUAAGUUCUCCAUACUGUACGAGGAGGUGUGGGGCACCGUUGCCGAUCUGCUCAAGGAGCAGGCAAUUAAAAAGAAUAUGACCAUCAAUCAUAAGCAAUCGUUCAUGGAUGAUUAUGGCAAGUGCUGUGAAAUGAUGAUGUCCUGCUGUCGCUCCGGCUAUUGGUAUCAGGUGGUGCAAAACACAAUGAAUCGCACGCGAAUCUAUGUGUUCCUUGGCUCGUCGAAUAGCUUAACGGACUUCAUGAGCUCGAUGGAGACGGCGGGUUUGUUUGCGCGUGGCGAGUACAUGGUCAUCUAUGUGGACAUGAUGGUCUAUUCCGAGCGUGAGGCCUCCAAGUAUUUGCGCAAAGUGGAUCAAAUCACGCGCAUGAAGAACUGCAAGAGCACCGAGAACUUUAAUCAAUUGGCACGCAGUCUGCUCGUUGUGGCAUCCACACCGCCAACCAAAGGAUACGAGGCGUUUACGGCCCAAGUACGCAACUAUAGCUCGAUGCCGCCAUUUAAUUUCACCGUGCCCGAGUUGUUCUCGCAGAGCAAGUUUAACAAGUUUGUGUCGAUAUAUGCCGCGUAUUUGUAUGAUUCGGUUAAGCUCUAUGCCUGGGCAUUGGACAAAAUGCUGCGCAUGGAGGAGCGCGUUCUCACCGAUGAAGUCAUCUCCGAUGUGGCCAGCAAUGGCACGCGCGUUAUCGACACCAUCAUCAAAAAUCGUACUUAUAUGAGUGUCACCGGUUCCACAAUCAAGAUCGAUCAGUAUGGCGACUCGGAGGGCAAUUUCUCGGUGCUGGCUUACAAGCCGUACAAAUGGAAUAUCACCGAGAAUAUACGUUGCAAUUAUCAUAUGGUGCCCGUGGCAUAUUUCCAUCAAGGCGAAGAACUUCCAGAAUAUAAACUGAUUAAUGGUUCGAUUGAUUGGCCCUCGGGUGGCGAGAAACCCACCGAUGAACCCAUGUGUGGAUUUGCCAAUGAGCUGUGCAAAAAGGACGAUACACACUACACAUCCACGGUGGCAGCCGUGGUGUUGGGUGUGCUGCUCUUCUGCUCCGGCGUAGUCACCAUGUCCAUCUAUCGCAAGUGGAAGAUAGAGUUGGAGAUUGAGGGUUUGCUCUGGAAGAUUGAUAUAUGCGAAAUCAAAGGCUAUUCUGGCAAUGAAAUUGUCGCCUCGCCCAGCAAAGUCAGUUUGAUGAGCGCCCAGAGCUAUGGCUCCCGGUGGUCGCAUCAGUUUGUCACCUCAACGGCGCGUUUGCGCGGCGCCGUAGUGCGUAUCAAGGAGUUGAAGUUUCCGCGCAAACGCGACAUCUCACGAGAGAUUAUGAAGGAGAUGCGUUUGCUGCGUGAAUUGCGUCAUGAUAACAUCAACAGCUUCAUUGGCGCCUGUGUGGAGCCCACACGCAUAUUGCUAGUCACCGAUUAUUGCGCCAAAGGCAGUCUUUACGACAUCAUUGAGAACGAGGACAUUAAGCUGGAUGAUUUGUUCAUCGCCUCGCUCAUUAAUGACCUCAUCAAGGGCAUGAUGUACAUACACAGUUCACAGCUGAUCUAUCAUGGCAAUCUCAAAUCCUCGAAUUGUGUGGUCACCUCCCGCUGGAUGCUGCAGGUCACCGACUUUGGCCUCCAUGAGCUGCGCCAGUGUGCCGAAAGCGAGUCCAUUGGCGAGCAUCAACACUACAGAAAUCAACUUUGGCGCGCACCGGAACUGCUGCGCAAUCAUAAUCUGCAUGGCAGCCAGAAGGGCGACAUUUAUGCAUUCGCCAUCAUCAUGUACGAGAUAUUUAGUCGUAAGGGUCCGUUUGGACAAACCAACUUUGAACCAAAGCAAAUCGUGGACUUAGUUAAGCAGCUGCCCAUGAAGGGCGAGGAGCCAUUUCGACCCGAGGUCGAGUCCAUCAUUGAGGCCGAAUCGUGUCCAGACUAUGUGCUUGCCUGCAUCAAGGACUGCUGGGCCGAGAAUCCCGAGGAGCGGCCCGAAUUCGGUGCCAUACGCAAUCGCCUGAAGAAGAUGCGCGGCGGCAAGACCAAAAACAUCAUGGACCAAAUGAUGGAAAUGAUGGAGAAGUAUGCCAACAAUUUGGAGGAUAUUGUCUCGGAGCGCACGCGUCUGCUGUGCGAGGAGAAAAUGAAAACGGAGGAUUUGCUGCAUCGCAUGCUGCCGCAAUCCGUGGCCGAGAAACUGACCAUGGGCCAGGGCGUUGAACCCGUCUCCUAUGAUCUGGUGACGAUCUACUUCAGCGAUAUUGUGGGUUUUACGGCCAUGUCGGCGGAGAGCACACCGUUGCAGGUGGUUAACUUUUUGAAUGAUCUCUACACGGUGUUCGAUCGCAUCAUACGUGGCUAUGAUGUGUACAAAGUGGAGACCAUAGGCGAUGCCUACAUGGUGGUCUCUGGUUUGCCCAUUAAAAACGGUGAUUGCCAUGCGGGCGAAAUAGCUUCGAUGGCUCUCGAUCUGCUGCACGCAGUGAAACAGCAUCGCAUUGCCCAUCGGCCCAACGAGACGCUAAAGCUGCGAAUUGGCAUGCACACCGGGCCCGUGGUUGCCGGUGUUGUGGGUCUCACGAUGCCCCGAUAUUGUCUCUUUGGCGAUACGGUGAACACAGCGUCACGCAUGGAGAGCAAUGGCGAGGCGCUCAAGAUACACAUAUCGAACAAGUGUAAGCUGGCGCUGGAUAAACUCGGCGGCGGCUACAUCACCGAGAAACGCGGCCUGGUCAGCAUGAAGGGCAAAGGCGAGGUUGUCACAUGGUGGCUGACGGGAGCCAAUGAGAAGGCGAUACAAAAGAAGCAUGUGGAUAUGACGGAUAUGCCGCCGCCUUUGUUUAGUCGUCCACGCAAGAGUCCCAAACUCAAUCCGGAUUCGCGGCAACCCAGUUUACUGGCCAUGCACAAUUGUGGCGCCGGUUCGCGGCGUCAGAGCAGCGUGCCACGGCCCACGGAUGUGGAGUCCACGUAUAGUUUGCAGGGCUCCGUCUAUCAGGUGGCACGCGAGUCGCCGAGAUUGCCAGCGAAGCGGGAAAGGGAGCGAGAACGGGAUCGGGAACGAGAGCGACCCUCGCUCAAUGGACUGGGCGGACAUUUCGUAGGUGGCGCGCUGCUGGAGUCCGCCCAGGCCUCGCUCAGCACGCUGAAUCAUUCCGAUACAAAUGAAACGAACUGUGAUACUAACGAAGCCGCCAUUCUCGAUGGCGAACUGGAGCUAAACGGCGGCAUCGGUGGUGCAUCCGCCGCCUCCGCAGCCGCUGCUGCUAGCCUCAUUCGACAGCCGAAUGCGCUGCACAAACCGUUGGCCAUGGUGCGACCGCAUCGCAUUAUUAGCGCCGCGCAGCUGCCCCUCGAUCAGGUCAUGUCCAGCUCAGCGUCGUCGUCAGCCGCGCAUCAUGUUGCGGAGCUGUUGUUGCGUGAGUCACGCUCGAUGGAUCCGAUGCCGCAGCAGCAGCUGCGCAAGCGGCACGAACGUGGCAAGUUACCGCCAUCGAAGCUGUCCAAGAAUAACUCACGCUCCCUGGACACGGGCGUCUCGCUGAUUAGCGGCAAUCCCAAUGGCGAUGUGGCCGCCGAGGAUGAAACGGACGAGCUGGGCGCCAAUCCCGUGGAUGGCAAUGAUGGCUACGACGAUGAGGUCGGUCUGCUGAUGCGACACGACAAUGGGCAGCUGCCGCCGCUGCGCUACUCGAACAGUUUUGCAAAUGCCCAUCCCACCAUUGUGCCCACAGGGAUGAGCAGCACAGGCGGCGGCGGCAGCAGCAGCAGCAGGCGACGCACCAGCAACGUGUCGACGAGCAGCUGUGCCAAGCAUUUGAACAACAAUUGCAACGGCGGCAUGAGCAUCGAGGAGGACAUGCAAUCGCCGCUGCUGCAGCGUCAAGCGUCGCUCACCACGCCGCCCGAAGAGUUGAUGGCGCACUCCAAGCGCUGGCACUCACUCGAACACAUGGAGCCGGGCGUCACCGGACAUGGCAACAGCGUCAGCUAUGCCGCCGACAUCGAUGGCCGCCACGAUGCGUCGGGCGACGGUGUUGGCGUUGGCUUGGAUGGCCAUGUGGGUCUCAAUCAGCGGGGAGCGCGCAGCAGCAAACUGGGCAAUUGGGUGGCCAAUUUCUUCAAGGGCAACGGCAUGCGCAACAGCAACAGCAGCACCAAUGGCAACGGCAACGAGUCGACGCUGCGACGAGCCGGCGCUGGCUUCACCAAUAUGACAGCAGCUGCUGCUGCUCGGGAUCGUGAGAGUAUUGUGUAGUUUGGAAGAGCGGAUAGAGAUCGGAGAGAGAAGGAGAAACGGAGAGGAGAUGGAGGAAAGUUACUCAGGAACAGUGCGAGCUGGUAAAAAAAAGGAACGUCGAAGGAUUCAACAUAAACAAAAAAAGAAGAAAAUCGCAUACAUAAAUAGAAUUUCUUUCGGCUUAUUUCAUUGUUGUAUGUUCAUUGUCGUUUUGUGUCGAUUUGUUGUGUGUCUGUGCUUCAACUCUCUAAAAACGAUAUAUAUCAACUAAAUAUAUACAUAUAUAUUAUAUGAUCAUCUUAAACAAUAACGAAAUGCAUAUACAUAUUAGAGUAAUUAAACGAUUAACAACAAUAACAUCAACAACAACAACAACAAAAUGAGAAAACGAACCGUCUAGUCACAAGGUCUUCAGACUAGUUAUUGUUUUAUAUAAACUACAAGUAAAAUAUAUAAUUAAAUGGAAUAUAUAUAUAUGCAUAAUACCACACACACACACUACACCACACACACUCACACAUACAUAUAUUUAUACAAAAAAAAGAAAACUAAAGAAGAAAAUGAAAAUUUUGCUUUUCCACUAGGCGCAGCUAAAACGAAAAUAACAAAAAUAAUUUUUGCAAACAAAACUCUAGUUAAAUUAUAUGCGCAAAAUCAUGAAUAACAAAUGGAAACAACCACCAGCGAAAAUGCAUUAAAAAGCUAAAGAAUAUAACAAAAGAAAUAUAUAUUUUCAAAAAUGGAAUCAAAUGUGUUUUUGCUAGUAUGUAAAUUUUAAGUGCGUGUGAUUGUACGUAUUUCUUAAGCCUAAACUAAAUACACAUAUACUACUACAACGACUAUGUAUGUACUAUAUAAAUAUCCACACAUACAUAUAUACAUAUAUGUAAAUUAUAUAUCGAUAUCGAUGCAUGUAUGUAUGUGUAUGUAUGUAUACUUUUAUUAGCUAUUUUAAAUGAGAAUAAAACAGAAAGAUAGAAAGAAAUCAAAAAUAAUGUGAGCUAAAUUGCUUCGCACGUUGCAAUUGAGCUGUUUUUUAGCUGUAUCUAUGUAUGUAUGUAUAUUUUUAAAACCAUGAAAUUUGUUAAAUUUGCCAUAUAUAAAUACAAACCCAAAACCAAUGCAACUAUUUACUCCUCUACUCUCGACAAAUCGCAACUUACGCACGUCCAUUUCAGUCCACAAUUAUCGGAGUGUCAUUGAGUUUUAAUUCAAUGUGACAAAUUCGUAAUGUAAUCCAAAUUCUAAAUUGCGUUCAAGUCAUGCAUUAUACCACAAGGAAUUCGCCAAUAAGAUGUGACUUAUCUUUAAAUCGUAGAAACAGGAAGAAACGUGAUAAGAUUGUUGAAAUUCCCCCUAUGCAAUAUAUUUUCUUGCAAGUCAAUGUUGUCGAGGAUGUUGGUAUCUAAAAAGAGAAAUAUGGGAAAGCAAAGAGAGAAGCUCUCGCAAGGAAGAAAUUAUGAAUUUGACGAUUGGAAGAAACAUAAAAAUUAUGCCAAGGAAUGGGAGAAACCAAACCGAGAAGCGAGGCAAUCGGAGAGAAGAACGAGAGAUGGCAGCAAACGGGAAACUAAAGAAAACAUUCGUAUCUCGACUGGUGAUGAAUGGGGCAGGCGAAAGACGGAUAGCAGUAGCAGCUAUCGCAAAAGCAACCAAUCGGCAAGGAGAAACAGCUAUGUCAUAGACAGAAUAGACUCCAAUGCUAGCGUAUGGUCAAGAAGAACAACCCAUGGUAGCCAACAUUCAACAAAGAGCCUGAGGAAUAGGGAAUUGAAGAAAAAGCAAAUGAGCAUUGAUCUCGAUUCUGUAUACUCGGAUUCAAGAAGAAGCACUGAGAGCAGACAAAAGUCGAGCAGAAAUUCAAUCACCAGCCAGGAUUCAACGAGAAAGUCUUUACCUGAACAAUCGAAGCGGGAAUUACGCAAAAGCACUGAAACUAGGCAGUCAAAACACCUGAGUAAUAACAAUAAUUAUAGCCAAAGAUUGACGCCAACUCCAGAGUAUAAGCCUAGGAAACUCAGUGAUUAUAAUGAGUAUGGUGAAAAACCAACGGCAAUAAAUAGAAAGUCUUUACCUGAACAAUCGAAUCGGGAAUCACGCAGAAACACUGAAAGUAGGCAGUCAAGACACCUGAGUAUUAUCAAUAAUUAUAGCCAAAGAUCGACGGCAACUGCUGGUUAUAUGCCUAGGAAACUCAGUGAUUAUAAUGAGUAUAGUGAAAGACCAACGGCAAUAGAAAAUUUCGAACGACUAAGAAAAGUUUCGCAUAAUAUUCGUAAGUCCAGAGCAAAUAUUAGCCCCGACGAAAACGAAAGGGCAAGAAUAUUACAAUGGAGAAAGAGAAACAGUGAAGGCUUUCAAUUGCUGAGACGUGGAAGUGCCGCUAGUGAAUUGUCAUCUGAUAGCGAAGCCGAAAGAAUUGCCGCCUCAUUAAAAACAUCAUUUAGGAUGCCCACAAAAGUUUACACUUACGAAAAGAAACCGAAAGCGAGCAAAGAUGUUCAGAGUGCUGCAACUGAGCAUCCUCGUAUCUCUGAGGUCAGAGCUGCCAUCUUCAAAAUGCUCAAGUCUAUAACAAAUCCACCGCAAAGUAAUGACAGAACGAUAACAGGUCAUUACAAAGGGGUUCCAAUGCCAACUCCAAGGCGAAAAAGUGCAAGUACAAGUAAAAGACAAACUGUGACUUUAAAUCGAGAUGACAAAACAAUGGAGGACACUACGAUAAAACCAUCAACUAGGGAGUCCCAAGGAAAGACCGAUUCUAAUACCAAUGUGGAAAAAAAAAAAGAAAGUUCUGUGUUAUUUGAUCUAUCGAAGAGUUUAAAGCAAUUAGAGCAGCAGCAAAUUAAGCAGAAAAAACUAACAGAUUCACAACUGGAUAAUCUAAUACUUAAUACGAAGGAGAGUUCGAAAGGCACAGUUUCUCCAAGGAAAUCCCUUAAGAGAAGCAUAUCCAGAGGUAAAGCACUUCUUAAAAAAACUCGAUGAUCCUAUUGCCAGAGCCGAAUAUAUGAAGAAAAUGAAAUUAAUGGCAACAAAACCUUUAUUUGAAAGACGAUUUUCCCAUUAUGGGAAACUGCCAAAAAUGAAUAGCCUAAAGAGCUUACAAAAAAUUGUAGAAAAAAAAACAUCGGUGGAAAGCACAACCAAGGGUUUAGUUAAAUCAAAACAUAGUAGUAAUAUAUCAAUGGAAUUAGAAAAGUGUAAGAAAACAUUUCUACAACAACCAAAGGUAAAGAAGAAUUCCGAAAAACAUGAUGCUAGGAGAGCACAUUUUCCGAUAUUGAGGAGCAGAAUGUUGCGACCUGUACGAUCAUACAGCAUGUUAUCUCCUCGACAUUCACAAGAUGAUCUAGAUCCUAACUAUGCAGCAAUAACGUCACCACUUGAAAAUUUUGAUCUGGAUGAAUCAGAGGAUCGCAUGAAUUCCGAUAACUUUGCCCAACCAUUAGCAGUACGUCGAACAAUGCGCUCUGAUGCUAUGGCCAUAUAUGAUAGGAACUUUCCGGAAAAGAUGCCAUAUGUACCACCAAUUUCAUAUAUGGAAAUCUUAGAACUUUCCCCAGAUGAAUUUAAUACGUUAUUUAGAGGUUUAAAAAAGGAACUUAACGAUCAAGAUUUUCGACAAACAUAUGCGGCAAUUAAAGCAAAUUCCGCCUUGACUUUAAAAUUCCGCCAAGAGCAAUUGAGAAAUUAUUUUAAUGAUGAGGAUGCAAAAGUAUCGGAUAUGGAUGACAUAAGUAUUGAUGAUAUAGAUUUGUCUGCUUUUUUGCAUUUUCCAUAUCCCAAAAAGUAUCAUGAUCCACAAAGAAUUAAACAAACUCCAAAACCCAAAUCGAAAUUAUCAAAACCGAAAACUAAAAAACUUCCAAAGAAAGUCGAUGAAAAGCAGCCAAAGAAAGAAGCAUCUGAUCAACCCAAUUGUUGUAUUUGCGACUUUAUCAAUGGCACAGAAAAUGUUAAGGAUAAGCCGUUCAUCAUUAAGAUGAAAGAUCAAAUCAAACGUGACGAACUGAAGGCAUACCUAAGAAAUAGACAAAUCCUUCAGAACGGACCCGAUAAAAUUAACACCCACUUCACACCCGAAAAACCCAGUAUUCUUGUUAAGUGUGCUGAUGGAUCCACCAAGUAUCAAAGCUCUCCCACACAUGUGUUCCUUAGAAAUUGAGUUUAGCUGCAGAGCUAAGAUAUAUUUCUAAAGAAUUUUGACAUUUGUGGGAGAGUUUCGACAUUGAUACAAUUGUGAUUGACACAUGCUUAUUACGUGUAAAUUUCCAUGAAAUUUAAAUUGUUUUCUUUAAAUGUUUAUAAACUAAUAAAUAAGUUGUGAAGUUCCCUUACUUUUGAUCUGUUUUAAUGAACACUUUUUUCAGAUCUACUUCUAAAACCAACAAAACUGCAAUGUUAAACAAAAUUUUCAAAAUAAGAAUGUUGAUUCACAUGAAAUUGUAAUCAAAAUACUAUAUGAAAUUAUAGAUAUACUUAAAGCAUUCGUAUUGUUAGGACUCGAAAUUCUAAAUUACAUUUGAAAUAUGAUACAGUUUGUAAAUAAUGGAAGCUCACCUACUGCCAACGAUGAUCACGGCCAUGGUUCAGUUGCCAAUCUAUUAAACAGACUAGAAGAAAGCCGAAAGUCAAUCUCUUGGUUGGCCGACUACAAAAAGGAAAAGUAACCGGAUUUUCAAUCAACCAAAUAUCUUUAUAGAGGUGGCAAAUCAAAUGAAUUCUCUUAAAUCAGAAUUUUUCAAUUUACUCAAAUUGAAUGAGAAGAAACCAAUUUUAACAAAUGAAAUAAUAACCUCGCCACCACGACGUCUUAGUACAUCUGUACAGACUAGACAGCAAACCAUCGAAAAGCUGCCGAGUUCACCUAGUAGUAGUCCUAGUACUUCUAGUCGCAUCUAUAAGGUUCCAAGCCUUCGAAGGCUAGAUCAACGACCAGUCGGCAAGAGCACAAGAAUCACAGAUGCCAUCUUAAAAAUGCUACAGGAAAUAUCAUAUCGCAAGGCACAGGAAGAAAAGGCCAAGAUUCAUCGUGAUAGAACUAAUUUAGAAUUGGGCCCGCCAUAUCUUGAAAUUAAUUUUCCGUUAAGAGGAAAAUAUAAAAUGCCAGUUUAUAAAGCACCUCGGCUUUCGGAAAGGUCGUAUUCGUUCAUUCCCCAGUCAAAAACAUUGAAAAUAACUAAGAAUAAAACACAAGGACGUAAAAGAAAAAAACGAUCCGAACAAGAUGUAUUGAAUAUCAGUCAAACUUUAGUUACGAAUGAAAUGAAAGGAUAUCUCAAAGCUGUUACCGGACAACCUCAGUCAAAAACAUUGAGGAUGAAUAAGAGAAUUAAGAAAAGCCAUAAAAUACACAACAAAUCCGACGUUAAAAGUAUACAUUUAACGGAAAGGGCAAAAAAACCAUCCGACGUUAUAAAUAUACAUUUAACGGAAAGAAAAAAGAAAUCGGAAAAGGACCAAGAUAACACAAUUAAUAGAAUAGAGCAAGACGAAAUCAAUAUCAAUCAUAUUUCAGGUACCAAUGCUAUGAAAACGUAUUUGAAAAUUAUUUCCAAAAUAUCACCAACGUCCGAUACUUCAACGAGUAUUUCAUCCAAAUAUAGCUAUCAUAAAGCAGUAAAGCAAGUAAGAAAAGCAGAACCAAAAGCAACAAACGAUCAAAUCGAAGAAAUCAAAAGUGUGCGUUUAAGUGAAAACUAUAAUGAAGUCGCAAUAGCAGAUUCUUUAGAAAAUUCGAGGAGAUCUUCAUUAAAAAAAAUUGUGUUAGAUAGGGAGAGCGAUGUAAGAUCUGAGCGAUCCUCAAUAAUUUUGAAAAGGGAGAGCGAUCUAAGAUCUGAGCGAUCCUCAACAAUUUUGAAAAGUAUCUCUCACGCUAAAAAGUUCAAAUAUCACAGAAAAUCAAAAAAAAGCCAGGAUGACAUAUCGCGAGACUUGGCAAAUAUCGAGAAAAUGGUAUCGAAAGGACAUUCUAUACCUCAAAGUCGUAAAUUUCUAAGAUCAUUAGGAAAACGUAAAGUCAUUCCGAUAAAACCACAUCCAAAAAUUCAUGAGGAUACGGUCAGUAUGAUUGCGACACCAACAAGUAACUUGUCGAUCCCCUUGGACGAAGGUUUUAACUUGCAUAAAAGCCAAUCUCAUAUGCAAUUGAUUGACACAAAGCCAACCGAAAAAAGCCAAACUCGUAUACAAUUGAUUGACACAAAGCCAACCGAAAAAGAGCAAAAAGAUAAUCAGAAAUAUGGUGAGCCUUUAGUUGUUAGACGUACGAUAAGUGCCGUUUUUCCACAAACUUAUCCAAUUCGUAAAUCACACGAAUUGCCGGUUGUAAAAUCAAUUUCCCCGUAUGAAUUCGCUAAACUGACACAGGAAGAACAACGUAGGAUUUUUAAUUAUACGAAAGAUGAGGAAUCUGAAUAUACAUCUUCGAAGCGCAUUUGGGGAAGCUUUAUAUCUUCCACAAGUACAAGUAGUUCCAUUGGAUCCACUUAUCACGCAGAUAAAAUCAGAAAAUAUUUCACCGAAGGCGAUAUGCGUAUAUCGGAGAUGGACGAUAUAUCUGUUAGUAAUAUUGACAUAAAUCGCUAUUUACAUUAUCCCUAUGAUGAUAAAUAUUAUCGCAUCGAUUCAACCAAAACGUCGAAGGUAACUUCCGUGGUAUCGAAACCAACUAAACAAGAGGAAACACUGAAUUUUAAGCAAAAAGUGCAACGAGAGAUUCGAAAAAUAAGACAACUUGGCGAGUUAAGGAAAAAUCAAGAUAAGCUUGUAACUAAGGAACAAAGAGAUAUGGAACUAAAGAAAAGUGUUAUGGAGCCAUAUAGAGUUAUUAUUGGAUAUGAUGAGCCAACUAGUGUUCCGAAAACACAAAACUGUUGUAUAUGUACUUCGAUGCAUCCAAAUCGGAAAGUUAAGGACGAUCCAUUGAUUGUAAAAAUGAAACGCGAACUGAAACGUCAUGAGCUGAGAGCGUAUAUCAAGGAAAAGCAAGUCUACACAUCAGUUCUUGAUGAGAUUUGUCCUAACAUCUCAGUAGACAUUGAUAAACCUAGAUUUCUUCGUCCAUGUCAAAAAUCUGGUUCUAACAAUAUCGCAGAAUUGCUCUACAGAGAUAUUUCUUAGCUGCAGAGCAAAGAAAUAUUUCUGUAGAAAUUCGGUAUUUGUUUGUUUUUCAAUUAAUGUAUUUAAUGACUUUAUUUUUGGUGUCUUUUUGUGUAUAUGUAUCGUAUAUAUUAAUAUAUGAUGGCUAAGAGCUACAGUCAAAUGGA